GGCGGAGGGCGGGCGCGGAGGUGGCGCCCUCACAAGAUGGCGGCGGCGGGUCUGUGUCCGUGGCGGGCGCUACUUGCCCGCCGUGGCGGGGCUCUGCGGGCCCUCUGCCCCUCCGUGCGGGGCCUCGCCGCGGGGCAGCAGACUCACUUCGGCUUCCAGACUGUGACGGAGGCGGAGAGGAGGGAGAAAAUUUACCAGGUGUUUGAAAGUGUGGCCGAGAAAUACGAUGUGAUGAACGAUUCAAUGACUCUAGGGAUCCAUCGAGUGUGGAAGGAUAUCCUGGUGCAUAAAAUGAACCCUUCCCCAGGAACGCUUCUUCUUGAUGUUGCUGGAGGAACAGGUGACAUCGCCUUUCGAUUUAUUAAUUACGUUCGCGCUGUACGAGAACGUCAGCUCCAGCAGAAGCUUAAGCACCAUCAGAAUUUAUCAUGGCAGGAAAUUGCUGAGAGUUACCUGGAAGACAAAUUUAAGUUGCUAGGGGACUCCCAAGUGGUGGUCUGUGAUAUUAACAAAGAAAUGUUAAAAGUUGGGAAGCAGAAAGCGCAGGACCUUGGCCACUCUGAAGGCUUGUCCUGGGUACUUGGGAAUGCUGAAGAGUUGCCCUUUGAUGAUGACAAGUUUGAUGUCUACACAAUUGCCUUUGGAAUACGAAAUGUAACGCGUAUUGAUUUGGCACUUCAGGAGGCUUAUCGUGUGUUGAAACCAGGAGGAAGAUUUCUCUGCCUUGAAUUUAGUCAAGUCAGCAAUCCUCUUCUUUCCAGGCUCUAUGAUCUGUACAGUUUCCAGGUUAUCCCUGUUCUGGGUGAGGUUAUCGCUGGUGACUGGAAGUCUUACCAGUAUCUCGUGGAGAGCAUCCGACGUUUUCCGCCUCAGGAGGAGUUCAAGGCAAUGAUAGAAGAUGCAGGGUUUUUUAAAGUGGAUUAUCAGAAUUUAAACUUGGGCAUUGUUGCCAUUCACUCAGGUUUCAAACUGUGAGUCUACUAUGUAGCAAAAUGCAGGAGGUGUAAUUUUCCUGAGGAACAUGAAAGCUGUGGAAUUUUAACGCUAUAAAAAUUGAGGAGGAGCGUUAAGAACUUGUGCAACAGAUACUUGCUCAGCAGUCAGACCCAGAAGAACAUCAGCUGCCUUUUUUUCCCCCAAGAAACCUGUGAAUGAAGUGACUCCUGUGGCAUUUCUUACAUGUGCAUUUCCCUUCAAGUGCAACAUAAAGGACAUGGCCAAACCUGAGCAAUGCUAACAAAUGAAGCAACUUCAGUUACUGGUGGUGCGCAUACAGAAAUAGACUGGUCUUCGAAUAAGAUGCCUCCUUUUUUUCACUCACCUUCAAGGCGGCUAUUGUACCAGUGAGAAGUGACUUGGAUUUAUUGGAUUUUUAUUAAGCUGUCAUUAUCUUUGUCAUGUGGACUCUAAGGGAUUUUUCUCCAUGAUUCCUUCACUUCUUUCAAAGGCAAAUGGAAGGCUUCUGAAAUAAAACAGCUCUGCAUCAA